GCUUAGCGGGCUGCUCCUCCUUGGCAAGGCUCUCGACGCUGUUCAGGAGAGUGGCUCCGAGCCCCAACUGACCGUCUGCCCCUCCUUUCCUAGGAAGGGAGCUUCUCAGCCGCGGUGGCCCUGAGUGCCCCGGCGAUGAACUGUGAUCGGAAGAGAAGAGCGGGCAAAGAAGGGAGCAGCGCUGUGGCUGGUUCCGCCGUCCUGCUGGGCUCUUGCUCUCCGCUUGGCAAGAGCAGGAAGGAGUCGUAACAGCCUCUCCUGGGAGGCGCAUUGGCCGCCUUGUCCUCUGGGCGCAGGGCAGGCGGGAUUGGCGCGGAUUGUUUGGCGCGGCCUCUUUUACAGACGCCUCCGCCCUCUUUCGGGGUAUCCGGCGCAGGGCGGCCGAGCAGUUUGUCUGGUUUCCCAUCAGUGAAGUUCAGGACUUCAAAGUGUUUCCUGAUGUUCUUGAAAAUGGAUGGAUUUUCUAGAAGCCUAUCCGGACAGAUGUUCGGCUGUUGCGCUUGCAGCCAGAGAAGGCAGUAUCAAACAUCUGAAAAAACUGAUCAAACAGGGAUACAGCAUUGAUGUUCCUGAUAACAGAGGUUGGAUGGCUAUUCAUGAAGCUGCAUUUCAAAACACAAAUGAAUGUCUAAAGCUUUUAAUUCAAGCAGCACCCUCUGCUAAUUACAUAAGAUCUAAAACAUUUGAGGGUACUUGUCCACUACAUCUUUCUGCAAGUAGGGGAAACCUGGAGUGUGCUGCUGUUCUCCUGGAAUCUGGUGCAGAUCCUAAUGAGCUCACUAAUGACGCCACCACACCUUUAUUUCUAGCUGUUGAAAAUGGACAUACUAAUAUGAUUAAGCUUCUCCUUCAACAUGGAGCCAAUCUUAAUGGAUCCCACUGCUGGUCUGAAUGGAAUUCUUUGCACCAGGCUGCUUUUCAGAGUUAUCCUGAAAUACUGAAAUUACUCCUGGAUGAAGGAGCCGACAAAGAGUCUGUGGAUGAUUUUGGGAUCACACCUUUAUUUAUUGCUGCACAAUAUGGAAAGCUGGAAUGUUUAAGAAUUCUUAUAUCAUAUGGAGCCAACGUCAAUUGUCAAGCAAAAGAUCAGGCCACACCCCUGUUUAUUGCAGCCCAGGAGGGCAAUGACAAAUGUGUGGAGCUGUUACUAGCCGAAGGAGCCAAUCCAAACCUAUACUGCAAUGAAGAGGAAUGGCAGUUGCCCAUCCAUGCAGCAGCACAAAUGGGACACAGCAAUAUAUUACGCACGCUCAUACUGGUUACUGACCGGGUUUGUGGUAGUGCUGAAGGCAAAGUGAGUCCUGUCUACUCUGCGAUCUACAGUGGUCAAGAAGAUUGCUUGGAGCUCUUGCUUAAGGAAGGUUACAGUCCGGAUGCCCAGGCUUGUCCUACCUUUGGCUGCAGAUCACCCAUGUCUCUUGCUUUUCAAAAAGGAUCUGGAUUGAUUCUCAUUCUUCUGAGGUAUGGAAUCAAAGUUCUUGAAAUGGAUUUAGGCCUCUGCCUGCAACAUGAAAGAUUCUCUCUAUUUCGGCAUUUCUUGAGGCAGGAUUGCAAGCUCCCAAGUCAGCAGCACCUGGCAGAAUUUUCAGAGUAUGCAGUCAAUGCAGGACACAAGUACAGAGAGUGGCUGCCAUCACUCCUGCUGGCUGGGUUUAAUCCUGAAAAUCUUCUCUGUGACAAAUGGAUUUAUUCUGUAAGCAAUGAUGCUCUGAACUUCCUUCUGGAGUUCACUAAUUGGAAGAGGCUUCCUUGGAAUGUGGAGCAGAUUCUUUCCAGCCGCAAAGGGACUUCCAUGUGGGUGCCUUGUAGUCACUUUGAGCAUAUCCCAUCCUUGUCUCAUCUGUGCCGCCUGGAGAUCCGGUCACUUCUAACAAGUGUUUGUUUGCGAUCAGACCAGCACAUCCGCCAGUUGCCGAUACCCAUUUGCCUACAAGACUUUUUACUUUAUUUGGAUGUAUUAAGAUCAUACUCCAUUUCAGAAUAUUGGCUUAAGCUGGGAGAAGUCUACGAAGGAAGUGCCUUGCCAUCUUGUUCUAAUUCAGAACGUACAGAAGGGAAAAAGUAGAACUGAUGCAAGAUCAUCAGAGUGCUUAGAGCUUUCAGCCUUUGUAAAAAAUGGACUGUGUUCUGUUUACUGGUUGCUGCAAAGGUACCCGUUUCCCUUCUGUCACUCACUGUAGGAUUAUUUCACUUCAGAGACUAGAAGGGCUUCCUUAGCAUGUCCCUCAGUUGUGGUGGAUCUGCAUUAUUCCCAGUCAGCAGUGUUUUGAACACAAUGUGGAUGCUUUCAGGUAAGUUUCAUAUGUUGUAAGUUCCCACCCAAAAAAUUUAGAAUUUCAAUAAAUAAAAAUUGCUUGUAAGUAUCGAUCGUGCCAGUGAUCAGCUGCAUCUAAAACAAGCCUUGAUGACAUCAAAAUGACAACUUGUGUGACAUGACCUUGUGAAAAUGGCAGUCUUUUCAUGGUAUCAUGGUGUCUGACACAAAUACUUAAGUCACUCCCUUGGUUGUGAUAGUCAUCAUAUAUGUGCUGUCAUUUGCCCUCCAGUGGAUACCCAUGACAGCGAUCACUCUGAAAUUAAAAGAAUUUUCUCUGUAACUGUAUCAUGUUGUUGCCUUUGCUCACAAUAAUAAUGGGAAUUUACUAACAAUAAAUGAAC